UUUAUCCUAGUGUUGUGAUGUUUUUAAGCCAAUCAGAAGACAGUAUCCUCAUUUUCUAUCGUGAUCAGAUGUUCACACAAUUAGGUAAUACAGAGGGGUCUGCUGUUUGGUAACACGAACACACAUUAACUUCGUCAAUGAUAUAAUACCGGAAAUCAUCGAUACAAACAAGCUGAAGAUGGAUAUCAAAGGGACCAUCGUCCUACUAAAUGUUCUCGCCCUCGCCCUCGCCCUCGCCGACAAUCCCGUUUACCGAAAGUUUCCCUGUUUGAUGGCGAGGAAUCGUUACUAUCAUAAACAACUAAAUAGCUGCCGGCCCUGUGACAGAUGCCUGCCUGGGGAAGGGAUAGACUCGACAGCACAAGUGGAGGUUCAUGAAAAAUUUGGUGCUUUGAAGUGCAGGUCAUGCCUACAGUGUGAACCAGGGACGUAUAAUACCCGACGUGCAUUCAAAUGUAAGUCGUGCAGAGAUUGUGCUGCUUCCGGUCGGACUGUGAAGACUGCGUGCGCACCAAAUAGGAAUGCGGUCUGCGGUAAACGCAUCAAAGUCAAAACAACCAUCACAUCAGAGCAAGUUAGUAUCCUGCCGACAGAGCAAGUUAGUAUCCUGCCGACACACCAUCCUCCGUCUAGAGACCGUCAACCUGACCGUAUAGUGAAAACAGAUUACCGAAAUGACCUCCAUACACAUAUCAACAUAUCUGCAUUGGCAGUAGCUCUCGUCGGCAUAGUGGUGAUUAUAAUCAUCGCGGUCCUUGGCGUAGCAUUUUACAGGACAUGUUAUGGAGGUAAUCGUGGCUGUUCAUUGGGUCAAACAAAUACUGUAGAUGACUCUCAGCCUAUUGUGACACGAUCAGGCUCGGGCCACAACACAACCAGUGUUGUGUCAGAAAUGCAACCUCAAACACCACGACCAAAACGUGUGGCUGACGGCAUCAACAACAACGUAUAUACCACAAUCGAACAUGAAGUUGGUGACAAAAAUGCCUGUGGUAUUCCGUAUGCAGAGUAUAGAUACACACAACACCCUUUUGACCAAAACAGUGGCACCAGGUACUCAACCGAUAGCAGAGCACAUGGUUAUUAUACUGCAAUCAGACAAGAGGAACAUUCUUCUACACGAAAUACGGAACAUAGCAAUGUGCUGUCUUCUGACGUCGAGGAAGAUGCUGUUCCGUCAAUUAUGGUGUUUAACGAAACGUCCGCAACGACUGGCAGAGUAAAUGCAGUUCGGUACACCGCAACACCUAUGCCAUCAAACACCACAGGAACUACUCCAUCAAACAAUCUUCCUACCAACAAUGGUAUGUACCAUGAUCAAGCUGCGCCUGCCCUUUACCACGAUAGCAAAUCAACAAGCGAAAAAGUAUCCGCCGAUGAAGGAAAGCGAAAAACUGAUCGCAAAGAUCUAGAGAAGUUUGUUUGCGAUGUAUCAAAGUACAUUGGAACUCACGAAACCUAUCAGAUCCUAGGCAGACAUCUGAAUGUAUCGACAACCGAUAUAGAUAUAAUCAAAGAGGAACAUGAGCCACUUACUGAACGUGGAUACAGAACAUUGCGAAAAUGGAUGGAGUGCCAACCGGAAGCUGGAAUUGAUGAUCUCAAAAAGGGUAUUUCUGACAUUGGUAGAAAAGACAUAUUGGACAAAGUACGAAGUAGGUCGUAUUAAAGUCCUCAUAAUACAUGUUUAAUGUGUUAUGAACUACAAAACUGCCGUCUUGGAGGUUUAUAAUAUCAUCACUUUGGAGCUAUACAUACAGAACCUCUGAUGAUUUUUGCAUCAGUAUGCUGUAAUAUUCGUCUUCCUUCGAUGUCAAUGUGUGAAUCGAUAUUUUUUCAAUUAAAAUUAAGAUUUGUCUUUUUGGUAACAAUUUGGAAAUAACUUUCAUCAUAUUAUAAUAACCAUGAUUGUUGAACGGGAUGAACGCGCGUAUGGGGAAACUAAUAUAAGAGGAAACCGGUAACCAGGAUAAAACACACCUGAUGGAACAUUUUCCCCAUACCCGUUCUAGCCCCAUUUAUGGGGAUGUCGAGGGCACUACCGAUUUGGUACCCGAUCAAUUAAGGGCUUGUCUUAUUGAACGUUUGUCCUCACUGGCAUUUUUAUCAUUUUGUAUCAUUACAAUGUAUAUGAUAUAUGACAUGGUUGAGAAAACGUAACUCUAUUAUUUAUGAAAUAAUCGUCCCGGUGCUUUAAGGUACAUUGGAUAACAUCUAUAUCCAUUAAAAUCGCAUACACCGCUACUAGUCGUUAUCACCUGAGAUACUGGAAUAAUUAUGUUUUAUGAGGAAAUGAGGAUUUCAUUAUAAUGAAAUGCCACAUUUCCUUAUUUUCAAAUAUUUUAUCUGUCGAACAGCUAAAAUUAUUUUUGAAGUAUAUGAUAAAAUUGUCAAAAAAAUUAUGAAAUGAAAUUUGGGGUUUGAUCUGUGGGCUUGUUUUGACGAUUCUAAUGAAAACAUGAACUCUUUUGUAUUUGUUAUCAAGAUAUAGCUAAUUAGAAUCUCAAUAAUUACACUCCCUACAGAGUGUAUGGGAAAUUUGAGUCACGCCGGAAACAAUGUUCUGCCGAAUAACAAUAUGAAUGUUAUAUGUUUAUAUUUUGGUAAACCAUUCUGAUACAGAUGUUUCCAUUUACAUUUUAUAUAAUGUUAUAUAUUUCAACGUGUUGUUUAGUUAUUGCAGGUCAGUAACACAAUAUGUUACGUGUAUAAGCAUGUACAAACCUAACUCCUAUCCCUUGUAAAGGCUGCAUAUAUGGUUUCGAUGAUAGUUUUAACUUUGAUAACAAAUGUAUAAACUGUACAUGUACAUUUUGUAGGUUGUGUUAGUACUGUCAUAGCAAAUUAACGCAUUUGUGUCACGAAUGUCUAUAUUUUUGUGUGUGUUGUUAUGAGUGACGGAUAUAACAGAUGUUUAACGUAUGGGUGAAGAGAGUAUUAUAUAUUUAUAAAAAAAAAAAACACAUUUCAACAACGAGUCUAUAGUACUUGAUGAAAGUACUAAAGACUCGUUGUUGAGAUUUUUUCUUUUUAUAAUAUUCUUCGUCCGUAAGGAUCAUUUUCCUGCAUUUAUGAAAUUAUGAUAUAUAUAUGUAAUAGAUGAUAAAUGAAAAACCUCUUGGGAAUGAAAAUACAUAAUAACAUAAUAGGUAUCCAAGAUCUACCGCUAGGGCUUGUUCAGGCAGACUAAAAGGCAGAAAGGCCUAGCAGUAAAUCUUGGAUUUUUUUUUGUUAUCCGUGUAUAAACAUUCUUAUUUAUUGCAUGCGUGUAACGUAAGUGGGUUGUGUUAUUACUGUGAUAGAAACUUACCGGAGGUGUGUAAAGUAUGUGUGUAUUUUCGUGUGUGUUGUUAUGCGUGACUGCGAUAACAAAUGUACAGGUAGGGUGAAACAAGGAGGGUAUUGAAUGGUUUCCCGUUGAACACCAUACAUAUUGCACGAUUAUGGCAGAAUACCGAUAUGUUUCACGAGGGCGAAUCAUUUAUGAAAAUAUCGGUAUAUUCCGCGAUACAUGUGAAAGGUAUAAGGUAUUCAACGGAAAAAAACAUAAAAUUUUCUAUGUAUUACAUGUUUUUAAGGAAACACGACGCAAAUAUACUGCAUCAAAAAAAAGCGCAGGUAUAAAGAAGCGUAUUAUUGCCUGCCAAGUUUCAAUAACAACAAGGCAGAGAGCCAUUUUAAAUUGGCUAUACCGUCGCUUCUCUUCAACUCGAAACUGAAAAUCUACGCAGUGCAUACAAAAUACUGUUUUGACUGGACAAUAAUAAAAAGAAUAACUUCUCAUGUGAAGAAAUAACAUUUCGAAUAUAUUUACUGCAGUCAAAACAUAAGUUUCUAUUAAAUGGAUAAUUUCCAAUAUUUCACCUGUGGAAAUGUAAUAAAUGUCAUCCUCAUAAGUUAUUUCUUGACAAAGAAUCAUUCAUCAUUCAUAUUUUAUCAGCUGUGUUCAUAUAUACUCACCGUUGAGUAUACAAGGAAUUAGGCAUUGUUAAUUACCAUAGUAAUUAUGUCAAUAAAAUAGUACUUUAAGUAGAAACUAUGAAGAAUUGUUCCAAACACCUUUUAAAAUAAACACCAAUACGAGAAAACAGCUAUGGUAACACAUUCUUCUUAUACGGGUAUGACUCGAUUCUACUUUACAUGUGAACUAAAAAUGAUGUAAUUAAUAUUUCUUGCUAGUAUAUAUCAGUAACAAUACUGCGACCACCGCGUUAUAAAAUGUUAAACAUAUUUCUUCAUAUUCGUACGUAUGUCAUUUGCCAAUGCCAUCUACAAAACAUGUUGUACGCUGUGUGUUACAGAUUGAGCUCUUAAUUGUUGAUAGUGUAACGUACUGCUGACUUUCGGUUCAUUAUAGCAGCUGUAUUGACUGGAAAAUAUCAGUUUAAACGCCCCUUUGAUGGCAUGACAUCGUACGUAUUGCUAUGUUUCAUAAUUCAUCAUUACUUAACAAGUCAUCAAUAGCAUCCUUUCAUAGAUUUAAUACAUAUCAUCUUGUUAAAUUUCGUUGUUAAUGAUUAUUUCAUUAUUUCCCAUUUUUGUACUUUUGUUACACGUUCAUUUUAACUGGUUGAGAAAAAUAAAAUCAA